AUGUCCGACCGCGAGUUUGGCGGUAACGACGAUCUGUCGCUGCCAAAGGCGACGGUGCAAAAGAUUGUCCAAGAUAUCCUCGCCAGCGAGCCAGGCAUGACCUUUGCCAAGGACUCGCGAGACCUGCUUAUUGAGUGCUGCGUCGAGUUCAUCACCCUCAUCUCGUCCGAGGCCAACGAAAUCGCCGAAAAGGACGCCAAGAAGACCAUAGCCUGCGAGCAUGUCAAGGCUGCUCUCGAGGAGCUUGACUUUGGCGACUACGUGCCCGCCAUCCUCGACGUCGCACAAGACUACAAGAAACAGCAACAGAACCGCGAAAAGAAGCAAACCAAGAUUGAGCAGAGUGGCAUGACCGAGGAGCAGCUCAUUGCUGCCCAGGAGGAGCUCUUCAAGAAUGCUACGAGCAAAUUCAACGCACCCUCGCAGUAA